AUGUCUCUCAAACUCUUCCUAGCCGCUCUCCCUGCCGUGGCAAUUGCCUGCACUGGGCCGCCUACCAACGAAAACGGCCUGAAUCUGAUCAAAAGCUUCGAGUCUUUCGAGCCGAGUGUUUAUGAUGAUGGCUUUGGCAACCCAACAAUUGGCUAUGGUCACUUGUGUGGCGACUCGACUUGCUCGGAAGUUCCCAACCAGCCUUUGACCGAGGAGUCUGCGAGCCAGUUGCUGGCUGGUGACCUAGUGACCUACCAAGAUGCCCUCACAAAUGCUCUGGCAGACCCAGUUACCUUGAACGAUAACCAGUACGCUGCACUGGUGUCCUGGACCUACAACAUCGGAAACGGCAACAUGGAGAGCUCGGAUCUUGUUUCGCGAAUGAAUGCAGGCGAGGAUGUUGUGACUGUUGCUCAUGAUGAGCUGCCCCAGUGGAACAAGGCCAAUGGCGAGGUCGUCGAUGGCUUGACUCGUCGCCGGACUGCUGAACUGGAUCUCUUUGAUGCACCUGCCACAUUUGGUGCUCUCCCUGUCGCUUGCUAG